AUGGCGUCGCUGAGGGCUCGGCGGCUGCUGGGGCCCGGCCGGCGCUGGUUCUCGGAGACGGUGCCCGGCUCCCCCUCGCCGCCCGCCAACCCUCUCUACCCACCUGUGGAGGCGUCCAUCACGGCCAAGAGCAAAGCGGCCAAGUCGCGACGCCUGCAACGCUUCAACCAGCGGGUGCACGCGGCGGCCACGGUGGAGGAGAAGCUGCGGCUGUACGGGAAGCUGCAGCGACCCAAGUACACGGUGUACCCGCAGACCUUCGCCCUAAACGCCGACCGCUGGUACCGCAGUUUCACAAAAACCGUCUUAGUGCCGGGGAUGCCCCCGAGAGCCGCGGCCGCGAAACCCCCGGUAGCGACGGCGGGAGCGACCGCCGAGGCCGGAAGAGCCCCGGAGCCGGGAGCGGAGGCGCCGGGGGCGGCGGAGGCGCCGGGGGCCGCGAAAACUCCGGAGCCUGCGGCGGGGGCGGCGUCGUAUUUGGAUGUAGGCGAGCUGCGCUCUCUCGCUUGCGAUGCCCUUCUCCAGGAGAGUUUCUACCAGAACAAGAAGCGGCCGUUCCUCUACCGUGACCAGGAUCACACUCCCGGCCCUUUCCUUACGCAGCUCGUCUCCACCCUCGCCGCUUCCCUGUCUGGUCGCAACCCACUGCUGGCUGCUUCCUCCCUCGAUCUAAACCCUGAAGUUAACUAUUACUGGCAUCAUGGUGAGGAAGUUGUUGCUCAUGGACAUCGAAAGGGCAGAGUUGAUCCUGUGCGAUUCCAAAUAGAUGAUAACCCACACCUCCAGAUCCGUGUACCAAAGCAGCUUCCUGAGGUUGUACCCCUGGAGUCAGAUCUUGGAGAAGUUCCUGUUAUUGAUCACAAGCCAUCCAAACUGCCAUUGUUCAAAAAACAGUAUGAAAAUAAGGUAUUUAUAGGAUCGAAGGUGGCAGAUCCCUGCUGUUAUGGACACACCCAGUUUCAUCUCCUUCCUGACAAACUGAAGCGGGAGAGAUUCAUAAGAGAACGUCUUGAGGAUCAGAUCGAAGUUGUUUAUCGAUCAAAUGGAAUUGCAAGUCUCUUUGCCUGGACAGCAGCGCAAGCAAUGUAUCAGGGAUUCUGGAGUGAAGCAGAUGUGACCCGUCCUUUUGUAUCACAGGCAGUAGUGACUGAUGGAAAAUAUUUUGCUUUCUUUUGUUACCAGCUAAAUACUUUAGCACUAACUGCAGAAACUAUUAAAAACAACCCUCGAAAGAAUAUCUGUUGGGGUACAGACAGUAAACCAUUGUACGAUAUUGUUGAAGAUGGUAACGUGAAAGGCUUUAAUGAUGAAGUUCUGCUUCAGUUGGUUCAUUUUCUACUAAACAGACCAAAAGAGUUGUAAACCAUUAAACCACAAAUCAAGUAUGUUCCUGAACUUCAUUGUGACUCCAUGAAGUAUGGGCUAUGCUACGCCUUGAUUUGUCUAGCAAACACUAUAUGCAUAUUUUAUUUUAUUUGGGCCUUCUUUCUUUUAUAAUGUAUACUGUACACUGGCAAAUAAAUGGCUAGAAUAC